AUGGCUAUGGUCAACAUGAAUAACUUAUUGAACGGAAAGGACUCCAGAUGGUUGCAGUUGGAAGUGUGUAGGGAGUUCCAGAGAAACAAGUGCUCCAGGCCGGACACGGAAUGCAAGUUUGCACAUCCGCCGGCCAACGUCGAGGUCCAAAAUGGAAGAGUGACGGCUUGCUACGAUAGUAUUAAGAGCCCGGUUUUACCCCAAGCGAACAAAUUUUCUCCGCAUAAAGCUUGCGUACAGAACCGAACCGACUGA